GGAAGAGAGGGAGAGGGGCUAAGAAUAGGUAGAUGUGGAGAGAAUGUCACCGGCACAUAGGCUACUGUAACCGCGAAUAUUUAAGCUAGUCGGUUUGUCACUGACAUGACAUAGGCUCCUAACAAAACAUUUAAUCCACAUGUACAUCGACUCUAUUUCUCGCAAAUCAGAAUUUACGUUACGUUUAGGCUCAUUCGUCCAUUCAUUCAUAGACUGUGCUCUGCUCCGGUUACAGUAGGCUACAGCGUUUAAGACUCUUGGCUGCUGAUAGCCCGACUGGCAAUUUGACAACAUGACAAGUCUGGAACACCUCCUAUCAACUUAAUUGUGUUCUGCAAGUAGGAAGUGUGGGGCGCGGCCUUCCAGAGCGAUGAGUGGCAUCCUGAAGAGGAAGUUCUCUGAGGAGGAUGGCUCCUCCCCUUGCUCGCUGCUGCCAGAGUUCGAUGACGUCUCCGGUAGUGACAGUGGCAACAGCAAUGACAGCGUCAACCCCCCCACCACCCAACUCAUGCGUGAGUGUCCAUCCCAGCAUGCAUUGCGAUGGAGGUCACCUCAGGCCUCGUCCAUUCUGAAGCGCGGUAAGCGCAUGCGCAUGCGUGGCGUCAGCUUCCAGGGCGUGACGGUCUACUACUUCAGCCGUCGACAGGGCUUCACCAGCGUGCCCACGCAGGGUGGCAGCUCGCUGGGCAUGUCGCCGCGCCACAGCUCCAUCCGCCGCUUUACCCUGGGCGAGUUCGCCCGUGAGCAGGAGAGGUGGCACCGCAACAUGCUCAGGGACCACCUCAAGGAGGAGAAACUCAACGCCAUCAAACUGAAGCUGACCAAAAGCGGCGUGUUUGAGUCGGAGGAGGCGGCGGCGGCAGCGUUGACGCUGGCCGAUAUCCGCGAGGAGGAGAUCGACGUGGCGAGUGCCGAGGUGGACGAGUACUUCUUCCUACAGCCGCUGGGCAUCCGUAAGCGACGCGCGCUGCUAAGGGCCUCGGGCGUCCGCCGCAUCGACGGCCAGGAGCGGCACACGCUGCGUGCCAUCCGCGUCUCACGCAAGGAGUGCGGCUGCCAGUGCCGAGGCUGCUGCCGCCCCGAGACCUGCGCCUGCAGCCUCGCCGGCAUCAAGUGCCAGGUGGACCGUAUGUCCUUCCCGUGCGGGUGCUCCAAGGAUGGCUGUGGGAAUGCGGCCGGGCGCAUCGAGUUCAACCCGGCACGUGUGCGCACACACUUUUUGCACACACUCAUGAAGCUGGAGCUCGAGCAGCAGCAGCACCAGCACAGCCUCUACCUCGCCGCCACCGGCAACGGUUACCAUGGCGACAGCCCCCUUGCCCAAUCGCAGCGUGACUCAGACCAUACUUUGAUGGAGGCUCCCAGCAUGCACCUGGAUGUGGCUAACGAGGCCGAGUCUUGUCUGCAGGAGUCGGAAGAGGAGUACUGCGACGACGACGAGGACGAAGAAGAGGAGGAAGAAGAAGACGAGGAGGAUGAGGAGGACGAAGAGGAGACCGAAGAGGAAGAAGAGGAGGAGUCCGAGCAGGACGAAGACGAAGACGGCAGCAGUCUGCUGAGCGGUCUCUCCGACUCCAGCACCCACAGCCUGGCGGGCAGCGAUCUGGACGAGGAUGACGAUGAUGACGACGAAGACGAGGAGAGGAGGAGAUGGGGGAAUGGCGAGGAUCGGAUGAGCCUGGGUUCUCCCUCCGUCUCGCUGCCCUCUGUGUCCCUGCCCUCCGUCUCGUUGGCAUCUACCAUGGUCUUCCCGGCGCUGCCCAGCUUCUCUGAAGCCCUCCGGGAGGCCGAUGGCACUGACCUGGGCUCCUACUACAGCAGUAGCCCCUCGGCGCAGUACUACCCCAUGGACAGCUACACCUCCGCCUCCACCCUCCAUGCCUCCGACUACUCCACAGCCAACAGCUACAGCACCUCCCCUGCUCACACUGCGCCCAAUUACACCACCUCCGGCUACGCACUGUCCAUCGCCAACCCCAGUUACACGGUACUAAACGACGCGCUGAACGGUUCAAUGUCCAGUCACACGCAGGACUCUCUCUACACAGGUGCUGAAUACACAGACUCCAACCAUGCCAUGUCUGACUACACAACCACCAACCACAUCAAUGGGCAUGAGUGCAAUCAAAAUCACUUCAACCACUAUGGGUCAUUUUCCUCAGUAGCGCCAGCUAGCACUGACAGUUCUACCAAACUCUGUGGGACGAGAAAUUUGAAUUUGGUGCCAUCACUUGAUUCUUUCAGUAUUAUGCCUGACUCUUAUAAAGACAUGAACCAAUCACAAGUGCAGAAUGGACAUCACUCUUAUCUUUUAUCCAAUGGUGAACAUUCCACAGCCAUUUGCUCUGUCACUGAUGAGAAAAACAACUAUUCAACCACUGAGGACUUUAAAGACACAAAAAAGGAGCAGCAGGUUGAGUUCCAGAAUUUUCUCAACAGUAACUCACAAGAGCUACCAGUCGAGAAUGGAAGCCAUGUUGGGAACCAAGAUUUGAAAGAGGACCCCAAGCAGCACCAGGCUGAGCCGCCCUGUCUGCCUGAAGAAAAAGACGACCUCAGUCUUGCUAAUAAGCCUGUAGAGGUCAAUCAAGCCUAGCUAAUUAGCCAUGUCUAAAAAAAGACACCUUAUUCUGGUCCUCUUGACUGUCAGAAAAAGGUCAAAAGGUGAAUCUUUAUCACUCUUCAGAUUUCCCUUUGUGGGAUCAUCUGAGGGCAGCAGCACUUGGAAUUGUCUAGGCUGCCUCAGGGGUUUGAUGUCAGUUAUUCCAGAGGUCCUGGACACACAGAGGACAUCCAGAGGGUUUGGCCAACUGACUGACCGAACCUCAUGAUGGAUGUUCUUACCCAGAAAAAAGGGGUAUUGUGUAAAGUCUGGUUAUUUAUGGUUGUAUGUGUAAUUUGGAAUGUUUUGAUUUUGAUAUUACAUGCAUGUUACUUCAUGGCUUUUCAUGGCCAUAAAAUAAUUUCUAUACUUGAAGAUGAGAAAAAGAAUAGGCCUAUGGUUGCACGGUACUGCACACAGCUAUAUCUUUUCAGUCUCCUCUUUUGUGAUUUCUGUCCUUCAUGGUUUGCGAAAGCAUGACUCAGGCUUCUAGCUGGAGAUGAAAAGACUCUCUGUAGGUUGGAUGUUAUCUAUGUAAUAUCCUGUGAAUGGCCUGUUUUGGGCAUUAACCUCCAUACUAAACAGCCGUCAUACUCCCCAGGAUUUCUUUGUUGAAUCAUGUGUGUAUUAAGUGAAGUCAACCACCAGGGAGAUUCUGUGAAGGCACUUUCAAUAUGUGUUGGUAAAUACAAAUGGCUUAUCAACAUCAACCUUCCAAUCCCAACCGUUGGGAAAGGUUUAUGAACAUUAUGUAUUAUGUUCAUGUUGGGACGAAAUGACUUAUUUUCAAAAGAAACCACAUUUCUGGAUUUACGUGCCAAAUUCUUGUAAAUAUAAUUGAUCUGUGCUAGUCCAACUCUGAACACUCUUGUUUUCAUUUGUUCUUUUACAGUAAUGUAAAGGAGAUUUAUUUAUUGAAAAAAUAAAAUCUAAAUCUGCUUCUGUAUAAGUUUUGUGUAUGUUGGGGUAAGAUACAGAAGGUAAUUUCAGCCUUUAACUUCAAAUGAAGGUCGUAACAACAGUAGUUCUUGAUUCUUUUCUUGUAAUUGUGUUGUCAACUGCAGUCUCUAUCUUGCAAUCUUGCUUUGUGAUUAAACAAUCAUUAACACA